AUGUGUGUUUCGAAACAGAGUAGUAGCAGCAACAGAUGUGGGAUUUGUUUACAGAGUGCGAAAGCAGGAAGAGGAACGGCGAUUUACACAGCGGAGUGUUCACACACUUUUCAUUUCCCCUGCGUAGCUUCACGCGCCGGUGAUCGGAAUCUUCUCUCCGAUUGCCCUGUUUGUGGUGUUUCAUGGAGAGAAACAUCUCUGCUUCCUCCUCCUCUGUUUGUGGAUACUCCAAAAUUCGGAUCCGAAUCCGAUUCAAGGAUCCGAGAAUCGAAAAAGAACAAAUCUUUAAGAGUUUACAACGACGACGAGCCUUUAAUCUCAUCUCCGAUCUCACCUGCACGCUUUUACGUUAACACUCCGUCACCGUUAAAUUUAACGGAUUCCGUUACCGGACACGUGGACGUCAAGCUGUCUUCAGAAUCUGCGAUUGUGGCGGUUGGGAGGGGUUUCGAGACGUACUCGGUGGUGAUAAAAAUCAAAUCGCCACCGUUAACGUCGGCGAUUAGAUCUCCGGUGGAUUUAGUCACCGUUCUCGACGUUACCGGAAGCAGCAAAAUCGAAACGGUGAAACGAGCGAUGAAGCUAGUGAUUUCGUCUCUAAGAGACACCGAUCGUUUAUCGAUGGUUUCGUUUUCGUCGAGCUCGAAACGAUUAACGCCGUUACGGAGAAUGACGGCGAACGGAAGAAGAUUAGCUCGUCGGAUAGUCGACGAAAUCUCCGGCGACGGCUACGGAAUGAGCGUUAACGACGCAGUUAAAAAAGCAGCGAAAGUAAUCGAAGAUCGCCGUCAAAAAAAUCUUUUCACCACCAUCUUCGUUUUAACCGACCGUAAUAAAAACUCGGCCCAUCAAGCCCAGUGGGCCCACGCGCGUUUGGAAAUCCCAACGCACACGAUUUGGCUCGACGCGCGUAACCGCGAAGACGCGUUUGCGAAACGCCUUAAGAGUUUGUUGAGUUUAUCCGUUUCGGAUCUUACUUUAGACCUCGGAUUGGUUUCCGGAUCGGGUCAAGGUGAGAUUACUUCGGUUUAUUCGUUAUCGGGUCAACCGGUUUGGCUUGGAACCGGGUUGGUUCGGUUAGGUGAUAUGUACGGUGAUGAAGAAAGAGAAGUGUUGGUGGAACUCAAAUCACCUGCAUCUAGUAAAUCACACAGAAUCUUGAACGUCCGAUCUCGCCACGUGGAUCCUACGACUCAAGAAAUAAGAAAUUUCGAAGAUCGAGCGCUUUUGAUACCACGUCCUAUCGCCGUUAGAUCAUCGAACACGAGCAUCGCAAGGCUUAGAAGCCUCCACGUCAGCACACGAGCCGUGGCGGAGUCUCGACGGCUAGUCGAAGCCAGUGAUUACUCGGGAGCUGAGCGAAUGCUGACGUCAGCUCGAGCUUUGUUGGUGCAAUACGGUUUGAGUUCGGGUGAUGCGUGCUUACGUGGCUUGGAUGCUGAGUUGGCAGAUUUGAACCGUUUGAGAGGGAGACACGUGUCGGUGAAGAGUGUAGAGUUAGUGGCUCAGAAGAUUGAGCCGCUUACGCCGACUUCAGCUUGGAGAGCUGCAGAGAGAUUGGCUAAAGUGGCGGUCAUGAGGAAGCAUAUGAAUAGAGUCAGUGAUCUACAUGGCUUCGAAAAUGCUAGAUUCUAG